AUGCCUCUCACAACACACUUUACGCUCAACACUGGCGCAAUGAUCCCGGCCGUGGGAUUCGGCACCUGGCAGGCCGGGCCGCACGAGGUUGAGCGUGCUGUUGAGACCGCCCUGCGCUCCGGCUACCGCCACAUCGACUGCGCCGCCAUCUACCGUAACGAGGCGGAAGUCGGCGAGGGCAUUCGCAAGAGCGGCGUGCCGCGCUCAGAGAUUUUUAUCACGGGAAAGCUGUGGAACACCAAGCACGCGCCCGGAGAUGUCGAGUCUGGAGUCGAUAAGACGCUGAAGGACUUGGGAACGGAUUACCUCGAUUUGUUUCUGAUGCAUUGGCCAGUAGCAUUUAAGCCGUCGGAAAAAUGGUUCCCCAUUGACUCCAACGGCAUCUUUGAGUUGGUCAAUAUCGACCCAGCAGAAACGUGGGCAGCCAUGGAGAAGCUGGUCCAAAAGGGCAAAGUCCGCGCCAUUGGUGUCUCCAACUUCACCAAGCAGCGCAUCGAGGACCUCCUGGCAACGACCAAGACGGUGCCCGCCGUCAACCAGAUCGAGGCGCACCCGUACCUUCAACAGCCGGACCUGCUGGACUUUUGCAAGUCAAAGGGCAUCCAGCUGGCCGCCUACUCACCUCUCGGGAAUAACCAGACGGGCGAGCCGAGGACGGUUGACGAUCCCCUCGUCGGCGCGCUGGGCAAGAACCUCGGCAUCGACGGCGGUCAGCUGCUUGCUUCUUGGGGUGUGCAGCGCGGCACUGUUGUUCUGCCCAAGAGCGUGACGCCCAGCCGGAUUGAGUCCAACUUCAAGGUUCAGGAGCUGCCGGCGGAUACGUUUGAGCAACUGAAUGGGCUAGAGAGGAACAAGAGAUUCAACUGGCAGACGAGAUGGGGCUUUGAUAUUUUCCAGGAGCUGGGAGAAGAGGAAGUCAAGCGGGUGGCACAGGAGACGGGUCCUGAGAACUUGACAAAGUUCACCAUCUAG